CCUACGUUCUCCCGGAAGUGGCCCGGGCUUCUCAGUCGGGGUCCCCACGACCCGGCUGUUGCUGAGGGUCGCUGGGGCUGCAGUGAUGGCGGAGGCAGCGUUGUUGCUGCUGCCCGAGGCGGCGGCGGAGCGGGACGCCCGGGAGAGACUAGCUCUCUGGGAUGGGAGACCGGACACGACUGCGCCGCUGACCGACAGGCAGACCGACUCGGUGUUGGAGCUGAAGGCGGCGGCUGAGGACCUGCCGGUGCCGGACGAGCUCCCUGUCGAUGACUUGAGCAGUUUAACAACCCAGUCACAGCCUGUUCUACAGAAUUCCAUAGUACCUCAGUCUACAGAGGAUAUUCUCUUGAAGGGUUUCAUUUCCUUGGAAAUGGAAGAAGAAAGAAUUGAAACUGCACAACAGUUUUUCUCAUGGUUUGCAAAGCUGCAAACUCAGAUGGAACAGGAUGAAGAAACUAAAUAUAGACAGAUGAGGGAUUACUUGUCUGGGUUUCAGGAGCAGUGUGAUGCUAUAUUGAAUGAUGUAAACAAUGCUCUUCAGCAUCUGGAGUCAUUGCAGAAACAGUAUCUUUUUGUGUCCAAUAAGACAGGAACCCUACAUGAAGCCUGUGAACAGCUCCUAAAAGAACAGUCGGAACUUGUUGAUCUGGCUGAGAACAUUCAACAAAAGCUUUCCUAUUUUAAUGAAUUGGAAACUAUUAACACAAAAUUGAAUUCUCCUACGCUGUCUGUGAAUAGUGAAGGAUUUAUACCUAUGCUGGCUAAGUUAGAUGAUUGUAUAACAUAUAUCUCAUCUCAUCCGAAUUUUAAAGAUUACCCUGUAUAUUUAUUGAAGUUUAAGCAAUGUCUUUCCAAGGCUCUGCAUCUAAUGAAGACAUACACUGUGAAUACACUACAGAACCUUACAAACCAGUUGUUAAAAAGGGAUCCUUCAUCUGUACCUAAUGUGGACAAUGCCUUCACGCUAUUUUAUGUGAAAUUUCGAGCUGCUGCCCCCAAAGUUAGAUCUCUUAUUGAACAAAUAGAACAGCGAUCUGAAAAAAUACCUGAGUAUCAACAACUGCUAAAUGACAUUCACCAGUGUUACCUUGACCAGAGGGAGCUCCUUUUGGGUCCUAGCAUUACUUGUACUGUCACAGAGUUAACUAGCCAGAAUAACCGAGAUCAUUGUGCCUUGAUUCGUAGUGGUUGUGCUUUUAUGGUCCAUGUAUGCCAGGAUGAACACCAACUUUACAAUGAGUUUUUCACAAAACCAACAUCAAAAUUAGAUGAACUUUUGGAAAAACUGUGUGUGUCACUGUAUGACGUCUUCAGGCCAUUGAUUAUUCAUGUUAUUCACUUAGAAACUCUGUCGGAACUUUGUGGGAUUCUUAAAAAUGAGGUGCUUGAAGAUCACGUACAGAAUAAUGCUGAACAACUGGGGGCAUUUGCAGCUGGAGUAAAGCAGAUGUUGGAAGAUGUGCAAGAGCGACUUGUGUACCGAACCCACAUCUACAUUCAAACAGACAUCAUGGGCUAUAAACCAGCUCCUGGCGAUCUGGCGUAUCCUGAUAAGUUAGAAAUGAUGGAGCAAAUUGCACAAAGCUUAAAAGAUGAACAGAAGAAUGUACCUUCAGAAGCAUCAUUUUCAGAUGUUCAGUUAGAAGAAACAGAAGCUAAUACUCUAACAAAAUCUGGCUCAACAGAAUCUCUCAAUCCUAGACCACAGACCACAAUUUCUCCAGCAGAUCUUCAUGGAAUGUGGUAUCCUACAGUUCGAAGAACACUUGUCUGUCUCUCCAAAUUGUACAGAUGCAUAGAUAGGGCAGUGUUCCAAGGACUCUCACAGGAAGCCUUGUCUGCUUGCAUUCAGUCCUUACUUGGAGCAUCAGAGUCUAUCAGCAAAAACAAGAGUCAGAUUGAUGGACAACUUUUCUUAAUAAAGCACCUUUUGAUUCUUCGUGAACAAAUUGCUCCAUUUCAUACUGAAUUCACCAUUAAGGAAAUUUCCCUGGACCUCAAGAAAACUAGAGAUGCAGCAUUUAAAAUCCUGAAUCCUAUGACUGUUCCAAGAUUUUUUAGACUGAAUAGCAACAAUGCCUUGAUAGAGUUCUUGUUGGAGGGUACUCCAGAGAUAAGAGAACAUUAUCUUGACUCUAAAAAAGAUGUAGAUCGUCAUCUGAAAUCAGCUUGUGAGCAGUUUAUUCAGCAACAGACUAAGCUGUUUGUAGAGCAACUGGAGGAGUUCAUGACAAAGGUUUCAGCCUUAAAAACAAUGGCCAGCCAGGGAGGUCCCAAGUAUACUCUCUCACAGCAGCCAUGGGCACAACCAGCAAAGGUCAGUGACCUUGUGGUAGGUGCCUACAAAGCAAUAAAAGCAAAACUGCCUCUGACACUAAGAAGUAUGUCAUUGUACCUCUCCAAUAAAGAUACCGAGUUCAUCUUGUUUAAACCGGUUAGGAAUAAUAUUCAGCAAAUCUUCCAGAAGAUCCAUGUUUUGUUAAAGGAAGAGUUCAGCCCUGAUGAGGUGCAUGUCAUUAAUUGUCCUACUAUGGAACAGCUGAACCUCACACUAUCAGCUUCUAAAUAACCGGGCCGGCCAGGUUGUGUGUGUCAAUGGUGUGUCUGGUAGGAGUGAUGUGAGACGUCUGCAGCCUGCGGGACACUGAGGAAUCAAUCGUAGGUGGAAAUGUCCCUGAGAACCACACAUGCGUGCUGCUCGGUGUUCUCUACAAGCUGAAGUAUAAGCAAAGUGUUGAAAGAUUGGUGUUUCUCUUUUGAAAACAUCAGAAUGCCAAAGAUUAAUCUCUGAAUGGUGAAAAGAGGCAGCUAAGAUGGGCACACAGUGAAAUGGUUCUUAGCAGGGGAUAUGCAGUGACAGUAGAUUACAAUAAGUAGUGCAAAGAACACUCGGAAGUACAGUUCAUUAGGAAGCUUCUAAGAAUAGUAUUUGUUCAAGCGUGAAACAGUGCAUCACUUUUAACCACUGAGCAUUCCACAGUGACUGUUUUUUUACUUCCAGAAAUGUUAUUUCUAGAAUCUAUUUAAUGUUUCUAUUACCCCUUUGAAGUUUAGUUUGGAGUAGAUAGGAUACUUCUGAGAACACAUUCUGCUUUCUUGGGAAUUCCGAGUGUUCUCUUUGUUUGUUUGAUGUGAGAUGGUUUCAAGGUGCAGGGACCUCAGGUAAGGCGCCAGUAUCUGUUUUUGAAUUGCUAAGGUGCAGAAUAGAAAGUUCAAAAGCAGGGAGCUACAGCCUCCUCCUCACGGAUAUGAGUAGUAUCUGUAGUGAGUCAGUGUUUGUGAGUGAGAAGUACCAAUUAAGGAGUCUUAAAUCUAGCACAUAAAAGAAAGGAGACCUGCUACCAGUGUAUCUCCUGCACGGAGGUGAGGUCACCAGCCACCUGAACACUGCCUUCGGUUUUUGUAGUCCUCUCAGAAGUGAACACUUCAUGUCCUGUGUAAUCAGUGGCUGUGCUGUGUCCCAAUCUUGUGGAUCUCUAACACUGCUACAGUAGAAUACAUUUUACUAACAAGACAUAGAGUGGGUGUGCAGACUGCCCCCCUCCUGCCAGCCUGUCACACUAUCAGGGAUCAUUAAAUAGAUUAUGCACAUAAGACUUUUCUGAUAAAUAUCUGUUCUGUGAUUGGAUUAGUUUUGCUUCUGGGUUAUAGUAAAUGUCUGUUUUUUGGGUCAAAGAGAAUUUUGAGUAUUUAAAACACUAGUCUAGAGAUAGAACAUUGAUGAGGGGUCUGGAAUGUUGCCAGCAGAUCUUGUGACUCAUCAGUGACUCACUCAUUGCCCCUGAUGUGGUGGCAUUUCUCAUCCCCUUCAGGCAGGUUUCAGUGGUAUGUAGGUAGGUUACAUAUCCUGACAUCUGUCAUUUUAAACAGGUCACUUUAAAUUAAACUCAGUUUAAACUGGUAAUGGGUAUUGCUCAAUUGAACUUAGACUCAAUAUUUUGGAAAGGUAGACAGUAAAGAGUGACAUGAAUGAGUUAUAGGAAUGGUGUUUACUUCCACUUGCUAUUUUGAACAUUUAAUGAAAUAAACUGUAAAAUACUGAGUUUUGUGUAUUAUAUGUACAUUUUAUAUUUUAAUAGCCUUUCCAAAGAAAUGAGGGCAUGAUUAUUGUAUAAUCUGUGAUUGAUUUAAUUUGAUGUACAGAGCAGAGUGUGUUCUUACGGAUAAAAAUAUUUGACAGCGCUUCUUGUGUUUUGAGUCUGUUAUUUCUGAAACACUGAAAUACCUACCAAGCUGAGUGAUGGUGAUCCAAGUUUUUUGUUAAAUCAUUUGUUUAAAUCUGUACAGUUCAAGUGUUUACUUAUACAAAGAGUGUAUAUACUUUCAAAUAAUUAA